UCAGCUACGCGGAGGGAGGGCCUGGGCUGUGGGUUUGGCGAGAGGGUGGUUACCUUUCCCUGUCUCACCGCCGGAGGCGGGAGCGAGCAGCGGUGAGGUCCGCGGAUGGCAUGGCAGGAGCUCCGGACGGGCGCGGGCCGGGCCCCGCGGCGGGAGAACAGCGGCCACACGCUGCGUGCCAAGCCUUCCCCGAGCGGCUGGUUCAGGGGAAGCCACAGCAGGGUUUCCUCUCCAGCUUCUUCGAUAACAACCAGAACUGCCAGCUCAUGCUUCUGAAGACUCUGCAGACAAAUCCAUAUGUCAAACUUCUACUUGAUGCCAUGAAGCACUCAGGUUGUGCUGUUAACAGAGAAAGACACUUUUCUUGUGAAGAUUGUAAUGGAAAUGUCAGUGGAGGUUUUGAUGCUUCAGUAUCUCAGAUUGUUUUGUGUCAGAAUAAUAUCCGUAAUCAGGCCCAUAUGAACAGAGUGGUCACCCACGAACUCAUUCAUGCAUUUGAUCAUUGUCGUGCUCAUGUUGACUGGUUCACCAAUGUCAGACAUUUGGCCUGCUCAGAGAUUCGAGCUGCCAACCUUAGUGGAGACUGCUCCCUUGUAAAUGAAAUAUUCAGGUUUCAUUUUGGAUUAAAACAACACCAUCAGACUUGCGUGAGAGACAGAGCCAUUCUUUCUAUCCUGGCUGUUAGGAAUAUCAGCAGAGAAGUAGCUGAAAAGGCUGUUGAUGAAGUUUUUGAAUCUUGUUUCAAUGACCAUGAACCUUUUGGAAGGAUCCCCCAUAACAAGACUUACGCAAAAUAUGCUCAUAGAGACUUUCAAAACCGUGAUCGAUAUUACUCAAAUAUAUGAAGGCAAGGACAUUUUUUAUUGUAGAGCUUCAGUGAUCAUGGAGAAAAUAUGGUUCUCAAAUGCACAAAUGUGUAAAACGUAAAUAAUCAAUUAAAUACAGAUAAAAUAGAAGAUGCUGAUUCUAGCACAUGAUCAGAAAAAGUAACUGGUGAAAAAUGAAACUACCUUAAAUUUCAAGGCAAAAUUGUGUAGCUUACCAUUUGGUAAGUAAGGCAAAUAAAUUACAUUUUUUGUAUUUUCUACAUUGUACUUGUGUUUUUUAUUAUUGUGAUAUUAUUUUUUAUUAUAUAUGAUGUUUUUAGAUUUAAUUAAGAAACCUGUGAAGUGGUG